CUUUCAGUCCUUUUUAAACUCUCCCCUUUCCCCUUCUUCUUCUCUUCGCUCUUCUCGUCGUUAUCAUUUUCAAGCGCUCAUCGUUUUCUUCUCUUUUUUUAACCUACAAAAGCAAGGAUGUCUCCCACUGAAGCUACACGUGAGGAAAAUGUCUACAUGGCCAAGUUGGCCGAGCAGGCAGAACGCUACGAGGAGAUGGUGGAGUUCAUGGAAAAGGUCGCAAAGACGGUUGAUGUUGAGGAGCUAACAGUAGAGGAAAGGAAUCUUCUCUCUGUGGCUUACAAAAAUGUCAUCGGUGCUAGAAGGGCCUCAUGGAGAAUAAUUUCUUCCAUUGAGCAGAAGGAAGAGAGCAGGGGAAAUGAGGAUCAUGUUACAAUCAUUAAGGAUUACAGGGGCAAGAUUGAAACUGAGCUGAGCAAGAUCUGUGAUGGGAUCUUGAACCUCCUUGAGUCACACCUCAUUCCCUCGGCCUCUACUGCCGAGUCUAAGGUAUUUUACCUCAAGAUGAAGGGUGAUUACCACAGGUAUCUUGCAGAGUUUAAGACUGGCGCUGAGAGGAAGGAAGCAGCUGAGAGUACUUUGCUGGCCUACAAGUCUGCUCAGGAUAUUGCUCUUGCUGAUCUUGCUCCUACUCACCCAAUAAGACUCGGACUUGCCCUUAACUUCUCAGUGUUCUAUUAUGAGAUCCUUAACUCUCCUGACCGUGCUUGCAAUCUUGCAAAGCAGGCAUUUGAUGAGGCCAUUUCUGAAUUGGAUACGUUGGGUGAGGAAUCUUACAAGGACAGUACAUUGAUUAUGCAACUUCUCCGAGAUAAUCUGACACUUUGGACCUCUGAUAUCACGGAUGACGCUGGGGAUGAGAUCAAGGAGGCAUCAAAACGUGAAUCAGGCGAGGGGCAACAACAACAGUAAUGAAUUUAUUUCCUUAGGAUAUGUCUACUUUGUACUUUUAUCUUGUGACGUCUGCGUAGAUGCCAUUGUGGUGGUUGUAGGUUGGUUGCUUAAUGAAUUUGGUAAAUUCAGUGUGUUGAAAGAGCAUUCGGGAUUGAAAUGCUGCAACAGAUCAUCGGUGCUUCUAUUAUUGAUGUUUAGAAUGGAAGUUGGUAUUCUUAAUAUUAAUUUGCAUUUACCAUCUGAUUGUGUGGAAACUGGGCAUUCCAUUUUUCCAGUUUACUUAAAAGAAGUACAAGAAAUUGUUGGGUCUUAUUGUCAUCUAUUUUUUUAAAUAUUGUAUGUUAAGAUAUUGAGUGAUAAUAAGUGCUUGAUGAGAAAAUCAGGAAA